UGAACACCUGUUUAAAAACUCAUGUCUCGGCACUAGCCUGAUCAUUGACUCCCAGCAUUCUGUUGUGCAAAGAAGCAAUUAGCCAAAAUGAUGCCUGGAGGCUUAACAGAAGCUAAACCUGCCACUCCAGAAAUCCAGCAGAUUGCUAAUGAGGUUAAGCCACAGCUUGAACAAAAAACCAACGAAACUUACAAAGAUUUUGAAGCCGUGGAGUAUAAAACUCAAGUGGUUGCUGGAGUAAAUUACUACAUUAAGGUACGAAUAGGUGAUAAUAAUUAUAUUCACCUGAAAAUAUUCAAAAGUCUGCCUGGAGAAAAUGAGUCUCUGACACUCACUGGUUACCAGACUGGCAAAAGCAAGGACGAUGAGCUGAAGGGCUUCUAGAGACAUGUUCCAAAAGUGGUCUGAUUUUUUCCACUGGGUACUAAUGAAUAAAAAAAAAAAUGAAUGGUCCCUGCUAAUACAUACAACUCUCAACAAACAAGCAUUGUUUUUCAAAUAAAUUGAUGUCUUCAAGUAUUUCUCUUUUAUUAUAGUAAAUAGUAGUGACCUUUUCUUUCUCAAAAUCAAU